AUGGCGGGGAUCCACCACGCCGGGAAUUUACCGGCUCUUGGCAGUGGUUCUGGGCAAAAGAAUUCUAGAGAUUCGCCUUUGCCAUCGAGCAAAAUCCCUAUCAACCAAGCGAGGUUGCGCGUUGCCCCUCCCAUCAUCCCAUGCUCUGCAUCCACGCUUCUUCAGCGACAACCACUCCUGCGCUCAACACUCCCUGUCAACACCAUCAGGCUUAACAGCAUAUCCCUAAACCACGCACGCUCGUUCCACGUCUCGGGCCGGACACAGCAAAAGGAAGCCGCAGAGAAGGACGCCAAGACUCCACCAGAAACAAAAGAAGGCGAGCCAGAAAAAUCCACAGAAUCUAAAGAGGAGUCCAAGGAGGAGGCGAAGGAAGAGAAGGAGGGGGAUGAGAAAGCCGAGGGCAAGGAGAAGGAGAAAAAAGAGGAUCUCCCUCCACCGCCACCACAUGGCGACAAGACGCCAUGGCAGGUGUUCCUAGAGACUAUGGACACCGAGCUUAAGCAGUCCAAAGAGUGGAACGAGUCGACAAAAGCCCUCGCAUCUUCUGCGAACGAGUUUGUCGAGAGUGAGCGCGUUCGGAAGGCACGUCAAGCCUACGAAGCUACCUCGGGCGCUGUCUCGUCCACGGCUGCGAAAGCGGUCAAGUCCACAGCCGGCGUCAUCGGGAAGGGUGCCACCUGGACGUGGGACACUCCCGUAAUGAAGGGCGUGCGGAAGGGCGCAAACAAGACGGGCGAGGCACUUGACAAGGCGACCAAGCCGAUCCGGGAAACCGAAGCCUACAGGAAUGUCAAGGAUGUCAUCGACGACGGGAGCAGCUCCAGGUACGGCGGGUGGGUCGACAAAGAGGAGCGCAAGCGCCGGAGGGAGUUGCGGGAACAAAUGGACAAAAAGAACGGGGUGGACAACACAAUCCACGAAGAGGAUCCUAACGCUGGAACCAACGUCACGGUUCACAAGGAUGCCGCGUGGAAAGAGGCAUGGAGGGACUUCAGAGAUCAAAACAAGUUCGUCCAGGGCGUCUUCGGCAUGAAGUCGGUGUACCAAGAGUCGGAAAACCCCUUGAUUUCGACGGCUCGGAGUAUUACCGACAAGGUUGCAGGCUUCUUUGCAGAGAACGAGACGGCCAUGGUGAUCAAGCGGCUGCGGGCCAUGGACCCGGCGUUCAAGCUGGAGCCGUUCCUGCAAGAACUCCGCGAGUACAUUCUCCCCGAGGUCUUGGACGCCUACGUCAAGGGUGACGUGGAGACACUGAAGCUGUGGCUGUCAGAAGCCCAGUAUUCCGUUUACGAGGCCCUGACCAAGCAGUAUCUGCAGGCCGGUCUCAAGUCGGACGGCAAAAUCCUCGACAUCCGAGGGGUGGACAUCCUCCGCGCACGCAUGCUCGACCCUGGCGAGAUCCCGGUAUUCAUCGUCACCUGCCGGACACAGGAGGUCCACGUCUACCGCAACGCCAAGUCAAACGAGCUCGCGGCGGGUAUGGAGGACAAGGUCCAGUUGGUUACCUACGCCAUCGGUAUCACACGCAUUGCCGAGGAUGUGAACAAUCCCGAGACCAGGGGUUGGCGGCUGAUCGAGAUGCAAAAGAGCGGCCGCGAUUACAUCUAA